GGUAUUUAUAAUUAUAUUUCAAAAUAAAUGAAGACAAUGUAGUACUCCAUCCAUCUCAAAAAAUAAACCUCAAAGACUAUAUAUAGAGUACAGGCACACGCAAUACAGUGAAAAUAUGUAUAAUGCAUAUGUCCGUUCAGGCACAAGCAAUAGGGGAAGCAGGGAGCAAGUUCAUCCAAGAAGACAUGAAGAUGGAAAACAUAUACAACUUCAUGUACCACUUGUUGAAUGAGUACGCGAAGCUGUUGAGAUUCAAACCUGAAAUACCUCAAAACGCGGUGGAGCUUUGUGCGGAAGCCCUUGCUUGUCCCACAAAUGGCGUGUGGAGGAAGUUCAUGGACGAGUCUUUGGAGAAAUCUCCAAGCUACACUCAUCUUCGUCAUCAUCAUCCUUGCACUUUACCUCCCCCUUAUGAUCCUGAAGAGCUUGAAGCUUUUUUGGGUGAAAAAAUGGAGGCAACCAAGCAAGUGGAGACGUGGGAGAAAGAGUAUUGGGACAACAAAUUCAAAAGCUAAGCACUCUCCAUAACAAGUUACUAUAAAUAGUGCGUGUCUUCGGGUGUGUUUGGGAACGACUUCAUCAAUGUUUAGCGUUAGCGUUUUGAAAAGG